AUGUCUUCCAUGGAAGAUCUCUCAAAUCUCACAGAAAGUAAGCGUAAAUUGGAUCUAAGGGUCGUUCCAAUUGUUAGCAAAGCUGCACGGUCGAUGUUAAUGAGGCAAUAUGAAGUUUUCCUAAGUUUCAGAGGAGAAGAUACGCGUUCUUCCUUCACUUCACAUCUCUAUGCUUCUCUUCAAAAUGAAGGAAUUCAUGUUUUUAGAGACGAAGAUUCACUUCAAAGAGGAGAUCACAUUUCAGCAUCAAUACAUCAAGCAAUUCAAAAAUCUCAGAUCUGUAUCAUUGUGUUUUCACUAAAUUAUGGAGAUUCGCGAUGGUGUCUCGAUGAAUUGGUGAAUAUAAUGGAGACGCGUAGAACCACAGGGCAAGUGGUUUUGCCGGUGUUCUAUGAUGUCGAUCCCUCAGAAGUUCGUCAUCAAACUGGCGAGUUUGGAAAAGCAUUUCAAACUCUACUCACUAGGCUUUCAAACAAGGAUGGGAUUUAUGAUAGGCUUAGAAAAGCUGCUCGAUAUGCUUUGAACAGUUUGUCAAUUUAUAAAGACGAGUUGCCAAAUCGGGGGCUGGUAUGGAGUUGGAGAGCAGCGCUUCGUGAGGCAGCAAACCUUGCAGGAUUUGUAGUACUAAAUUCAAGGAAUGAAAAUGAGGCUAUCAAGGAUAUUGUUGAAAAAGUUACACAGUUGCUAGACAAAACAGACUUGUUUGUUGCUAAUAAUCCAGUGGGAGUUGAAACUCGAGUACAAGAUAUGAUUCAGCUACUAGACAUCCAACAAUCAAAUGAUGUUCAUUUACUAGGAAUGUGGGGUAUGGGAGGAAUUGGCAAAACCACCAUUGCAAAAGCCAUUUACAAUAAAAUUGGUCGUAACUUUGAAGCUAGGAGCUUCCUAGCAAAUACAAGGGAGGUUUGGGAGAAAAAUGAUGGACCGGUGUCUUUACAACAACAACUUCUCUUUGAUAUUUGCAAGGAAUCGAAAACCAAGAUUCAAAGCAUUGAGGCAGGAAAAGUUAUAUUAACUGAUAGACUUUGCCGCAAAAAAGUAUUUCUUGUACUUGAUGACGUGAGUACAUUGGAUCAAUUGAAUGCUUUGUGUGGAAGUCGUCAAUGGUUUGGUUCUGGGAGUAGAAUAAUUAUCACAACUAGAGAUAUGCAUAUACUUAGAGCUAAUAGAGUUGACCAAGUAUACUCAAUGAAAGAAAUGGAUGAAAGUGAAUCAAUUGAGCUUUUUAGUUGGAAUGCAUUCAAGCAAGCAAGGCCUAGAGAAGAUUUUGUAGGAAUUUCCCAAAAUGUAGUGGAGUAUUCGGGGAAAUUGCCACUAGCUCUAGAAGUUCUCGGGUCUUAUUUGUGUGAUAGGGGGAUAACAGAAUGGAAGUGUGUAUUGGACAAGCUCAAAAGAAUUCCAAAUGAUCAAGUACAGAAGAAGUUAAAAAUAAGCUAUGAUGGUUUAAAUGAUGAUUUUGAGAGAGAAAUUUUUCUUGACAUUGCUUGUUUCUUUAUUGGGAUGGACCGAACCGAAGUUAUACAUAUAUUAAAUGGUUGUGAACGAUAUGCAGAAAUUGGAAUAAAUGUCCUUCUUGAGCGAAGCCUUGUGACUGUUGAUGAUGGGAAUCGACUUGGAAUGCAUGAUUUGUUACGAGAUAUGGGAAGAGAACUCAUACGCGAGGAAUCACCAAAGGAGCCCGAGGAGCGUAGCAGGUUGUGGUUUAGUAACGACGUGCUUAAUGUUUUAUUUGAACAGACGGGAACAAAAGUUGUUGAGGGACUGACUUUGAUGUUGCCAAGAGAUAAUGCAAAAUGUUUUAGUACUAAGGCAUUUAAAAAGAUGAAGAAACUCAGAUUGCUUCAACUUGCUGGAGUACAACUUGAUGGAGAUUUUGAAUACCUUUCGAGAAAUCUGAGAUGGCUUUCUUGGAAUGGGUUUCCUUUAACAUGCAUACCCUCAAGCUUUUAUCUAGGAAAUUUAGUUUCAAUUGAGUUAGAAAAUAGCAAUAUCAAACUUUUAUGGAAAGAAACCCAGAGGCUGGAGAAGCUGAAAAUUCUCAAACUUAGUCAUUCUCAUUAUCUGACACAGACCCCAAACUUUUCAAAUUUGCCUAAUCUUGAACAACUAAUACUCUCCGAUUGUCCAAUGUUGUCUGAGGUUUCUCCUAGCAUUGGACAUCUCAAUAAAAUUCUUCUAAUAAAUUUGGAAGAUUGUAUUAGCCUAUGCAGUCUCCCAAGAAGUAUCUACAAGUUGAAAUCUCUGAAAACUCUCAUUCUUUCUGGUUGUUUGAAGAUUGAAAAAUUGGAAGAGGACUUGGAACAGAUGGAAUCUUUAACCACCCUGAUUGCAAAUAACACUGCAAUUGCAAAAGUGCCGUUUUCAAUUAUAAGAUCAAAAAGCAUUGUAUAUAUUUCUUUGUGCGGCUAUGAAGGAUUUUCACGUGAUGUGUUUCCAUCUAUCAUUCAGUCUUGGAUGUCACCAACAAAUAAUCUCCCAUCACAAUUUCAAAGUUCUACUAUCAUGUCAUUUCCUGUUCUUUUAGAUGUACCACAUAGUAAUUCCCACGAAUUAUCAUUGAUUUCAAAGCACCUUCCAAGUCUUCGAAGUAUUUGGGUGCAAUGCAGCUCAGAACUUCAACUUUCUUACGAUGCAGCAAUAAUUUUGGAGGCACUGUAUGCCACUAAUUAUAAUGAAUUGGAAUUAGCUGCCACUACAUCACAAGUAUCACGAAAUUCCUUGAAAUCUAUUUUCAUUCAAUUGGGAAUGAAUUGCCAAGUUGCCAAUAUUUUGAAAGAGAAAAUUCUCCAGAAUAUGGCUGACCAUGGCUGCGGUGGCUCUUUGCUCCCAGAUGAUAAGUAUCCGUAUUGGUUAACCUUCAAUUGCCAAGGUUCUUCUGUAAUUUUUGAAGUCCCUCACAUGGAAGGGCAUAAUUUAAAGACUAUAAUAUGCAUUGUCCAUUCUUCAAAUCCAGAAAACAUAGCAUCAAAUGGCCUUAAAAAUGUAAUGGUGAAAAAUUACACAAAGGCCACCAUUCAGCUCUAUAAGAGAGAGGCACUAGUCUCAUUUGAAGAUGAGGAGGGUCAGAGAUUAGUAUCAAGUAUGGAACCUGGUAAUAAAAUGGAGGUUGUUGUUGUUUUUGAGAACAAUUUAGUUGUGAAGAAGACAACAAUUUAUCUCAUAUAUGAUGAACCAAUUGGCAAAACAAUGGAACAAAGUUAUGCACCAAAUAAGAAUGUUAUGGUUUGUAGUGGUGAUGCAAAUUAA